AUGUCGUUCUCCGGACGCCGCCUGAGCAUUCUGCGCCCAUCUGAUAGCCGCCGUUUCUCAACCACCAAGGAGCUGUCGGACAAUGAAACCCGGUCAGAAACCCAUCGGCAAUUUCGAGCCGCUCACGAAGGUCACCGUCCCCACGCCGGUCUCGACGCUUCCCGUGCCUCCACCGGUGUUGUCUGGUGCACAGAACGAGCCUGUGAGCAUGGCUACGCUGAGGAUCCCACCGGCUGGGCCAACCUAGGCCAGGGAGCCCCCGAGGCCGACGACGAGAUCGAGGGAAGUUUCCCUCGCCCGACUUCCAUUCCCAUCACCUCCGCUGCUCGUGAAUACGGUCCGACCGCCGGUAUCAAGCCAUUGCGCGCCGCCGUCGCUCGUCUGUAUAACGACCACUACCGGCAGGGCAAGGAGAGCCAGUACACCUGGGAGAAUGUCUGCAUUGUUCCCGGUGGCCGCGCCGGCCUGAUUCGCAUUGCUGCCAUCUUGGGCAACUCGUACCUGUCAUUCCCCAUUCCCGAUUACUCUGCGUACUCGGAGAUGUUGACUCUGUUCAAGAACAUUGCUCCCAUCCCCCUCCCUCUCUCAAAGGAUGACCACUACCGCAUCCACCCCAACAAGAUCGCCGAGGAAAUCGCCCGUGGCACCCAGGUGCUGCUGACCUCCAAUCCUCGUAACCCCACAGGCCACUUCAUGCCGCGAGAUGAGCUGGUGGAAAUCCAGGACCUCUGCCGUGACCGCGCGACUCUUAUCCUGGAUGAGUUCUACGGCGGAUACAACUAUACAACGGGCUGCGACGGAUCGACGAUCAGCGGUGCCGAAAACGUUGUUGACGUGAACAAGGAUGACGUUCUCUUGAUCGACGGACUCACCAAGCGCUUCCGACUUCCCGGCUGGCGAAUUGCGUGGGUGGUUGGCCCCAAAGAAUUCGUCGAUGCUCUCGGCUCCGCAGGCUCGUACCUCGAUGGCGGCGCAAACGUGCCGUUCCAAGAAGCCGCGAUCCCGAUGCUGGAGCCCGAUCUGGUGCGCACCGAGAUGAAGGCGCUGCAAGCCCACUUUAUGGAGAAGCGCGACUACGUCCUGAAGCGUCUGUACGAUAUCGGCUUCCGUGUUCAGGACGUCCCCGGGGCGACCUUCUAUAUCUGGCUCGAUCUGACUUCGCUCGACCCGCCCCUGCCUCCUCAGGCUAACAUCUCGGACGGCCUGAACUUCUUCAAUGCCCUGCUGAGCGAGAAGGUCAUUGUGGUUCCUGGUAUCUUCUUUGACUUGAACCCGGCGAAGCGUCGUGAUCUCUUCGACAGCCCAUGCCACCACUUCGUCCGUCUGAGCUACGGACCUAAGAUGGAUGUGUUGAAGAUGGGUCUCGAUGGCAUUGAGCGUGUUGUUAAUCGUGCACGUGAGACGGGUGUGUCAAAGUGGGAGGAUGAGGUUGCUGUUUCGGAUGAUUAG